UCAUGAGUUGGUGUCGGUGUGAGAUCGGAAACGAGCAGAGACAGCGGAAAGAGGGAUGGGCGUGGCGAUUCUAGACGGAUCGACGGUGCGAGCCUUCGUCGGCGACGAGGCAGCCUUCAACCGGAGCAUCGACGAACGAUUCGCGGCGCUGGAUCUCAACGGCGACGGCGUCCUCUCCCGCGCCGAGCUCCGCCGCGCCCUCGAGACCUUCCGCCUCCUCGAGACCCACUUCGGCGUCGACGUCGUCACUCCGCCGGCCGAGCUCGCGGCCCUCUACAACUCCAUCUUUGACCAGUUCGACCUCGACCGCAGCGGCACGGUCGACCGAGAUGAGUUCCGCGCCGAGAUGCGCAACAUCCUCCUCGCCAUCGCCGACGGCCUCGGCGACUCCCCGAUCCAGGUCGUCCUGGAGGAGGACGAGGCGGGGUCUAACCUCCUGCAGCAGGCGGUCGACCUCGAGGCCUCGAAGAUUGCCGCUGCUUCCGCCGCCGCGCCGCCUCUUUCUUGACGGUGCGCUGUAACGCUUACCGAAUACCGCAGCGCAGCGGACCCCUUCUUCUAGUAAGUAGUUCACCCACCACGGAAUAAACUUCGCUCGACUGUCUGCGUGCCACGUGUCGGUUGUAAUAUCUUUGGGUCGUGUUUGUUGCUGUUCAACUGUGGUUGUUGUGACGUCGUGAUGACCUGCGCACUCUCGUUGCAAUAAAAUGGCUUGAAUUUAUUAUCGUUGAAAA